AGGGUGCAAAUUGGCAAUUACCCGUUUUGCGAGGGAAAAGAAAGGGAAGAAAAAGCCACUGCACCUGCUCUGCCUCUGCAGCAGCAUCUUCUUUGGAUUUAUAUUUACGAGCAAAACCAUACGAUUCUCGAUUAGGGUUUUCUUUUUUUCUUUUUCUUAUAUUUAUACAAACAAAUAAUAUUUCCAUCUUUUUUUUUUUACCAUCAAUCGUCAACUCGUCAUCCUCUCCUCCCUCCUACAUUCGCUCUCUAUUUUCAUAAAUUAAAAUCUGCCGUUCGAUUGCUCGUCCUCUCAAACAACUGGGUCAAUUCGUAUUAAUGUCGCAGGGUUUUGUGUCGAAUUAAGGUUUCUGAUUUGGAUGUAUUUGCUGAUUUUCGAUCCUGAUUUUCGGCUUUGAGUUGGGGUUUUCUGGAGGUUCUGAUUGCGACAUGAUGGGAAUCUGGGAGUCGGAAACAAUCUGAUCGCCGAUUAAUCGGCGAGUAGUUUAAUCGAUUUUCUUUGGUUCUUGUAUGGAAACUCGGAGCCGGAAGCGGGCGGAGGCAUCCACCUCAGCAACGUUCUCUGGCCCAACUACACGCGCCACUAAACGCGCUCGCCUUUCUGCUACCUCCGCCGCUACCACUUCCGCCAACUCCCCAUCGAUCACCACUCGCUCUCGAACAGCCGCUCGAUCCGCUUCAAUGGACUCCAACCCGGACCCCUCGAUUGCCUCUGCUUCCACCACCCGCAGCCGCCGUGGGAAAAACCCUAGCAUUAAUCAAAAUUGGAAUUCUACUACUACUACUAAUAAUAAUAAAGACACUACUAGUUGGGAUAAGGGUAAAGAAAAAGCGCCUGAAAUCAGGCAUAGAGAAAUGGAGAGGAGCUUAGGGCUGAACAUUGAUUCACACGAUGGAGAUGACGAUGAUAACGACAGUGAGGGUGGAGUUGGCAUUUUGCACCAGAAUCUGUCUUCCGCUAGUAGCGCUCUUCAGGGUUUGUUGAGAAAUUUGGCUUUGCUCCCAAGCUCGGCCAUGGGUUCUGUUUCUUCUUCUCAUCAAAGUGGACGGUUGAAAAAGAUAUUGUCGGGGUUGAGGGCUGAUGGGGAGGAAGGCAGGCAAGUGGAGGCGUUAACGCAGCUUUGUGACAUGCUCUCAAUAGGGCCGGAGGAGUCUUUGAGUACCUUUUCAGUGGAUUCUUUUGUUCCGGUGCUGGUGGGGUUACUUAACCAUGAGAGUAAUCCAGAUAUCAUGCUUUUUGCUGCUAGAGCUCUGACGCACUUGGUUGAUGUAUUGCCCUCCUCUUGUGCUGCAGUGGUGCAUUAUGGUGCUGUCUCUUGCUUUGUUGCUCGGCUGUUGACUAUUGAGUACAUGGACUUAGCCGAACAGUCUCUGCAAGCCCUUAAAAAGAUAUCUCAGGAACACCCAACUGCUUGCUUGCGCGCUGGUGCACUUAUGGCUGUGCUUUCAUAUCUUGAUUUCUUUUCCACUGGGGUCCAGAGGGUGGCCUUAUCAACUGCUGCAAACAUGUGUAAGAAGCUUCCUUCAGAUGCAACUGAUUUUGUGAUGGAAGCUGUUCCAUUGUUGACAAAUCUCCUACAAUAUCAUGAUGCCAAGGUUUUGGAAUCUGCAUCUAUUUGCUUGACGCGUAUCGCGGAGGCAUUUGGUUCAUCACCAGAGAAACUAGAUGAACUCUGCAAUCAUGGUCUUGUCACACAAGCUGCUGCCCUGAUUUCAUCCAGCAAUUCUGGAGGUGGUCAGGCUUCCCUUAGCACUUCUACAUACACGGUUUGGAUCCGGCUUCUUUCCACAUGUGCAAGUGGUUCUCCUUUAGGAGCAAACUCCCUCCUCCUCCUUGGGAUCAGUGGCAUUCUGAAAGACAUAUUGUCACGGUCUGGUGUUGUGUCAAGUGUGUCUGUUUCACCCGCUUUAAUUAGACCCUCAGAGCAGAUUUUUGAGAUUGUUAACCUGGCAAAUGAGCUUCUUCCACCUCUUCCUCAAGGAACAAUCUCCCUUCCACCCAGCAGUAGUUUGUUUGUCAAAGGUUCUCUCUCUAAGAAGGGUCAUGCAGGCAGCGGCUCUGCCAAGCCGGAAGAUUCAAAUGGGAGUAGUACACAAGAGGAAUCAGUGCGUGAGAAACUACUGAAUGAUCAGCCCGAACUUCUGCAGCAAUUUGGAAUGGAUCUCCUCCCUGUCAUGAUCCAGAUAUAUGGUUCCAGUGUCAAUGGGCCUGUUCGCCAUAAAUGUCUUUCAGUUAUUGGCAAACUCAUGUACUUCAGCCCUGCUGAAAUGAUACAAUUUUUAAUAAAUGUCACAAACAUUUCAAGUUUCUUAGCUGGGGUUUUAGCUUGGAAAGAUCCUCAGGUUCUGGUGCCUGCUCUUCAAAUAGCAGAAAUUUUGAUGGAAAAGCUUCCUGGUGUUUUUUCUAAAAUGUUUGUAAGGGAAGGUGUUGUUCAUGCCGUCGAUGCAUUGAUACUGACUGGUCCAAGUAGUUCAAAGCCAUCUUCCAGUGAGAAGGAUAAUGAUUCUGUUUCUGGAUCAUCUUCACGGUCUAGACGCAAUCGCCGGCGCAGUGCUAAUUCUUGUUCUGAUGCAAAGCCUGCUGAAGAUUCUAAAAACUUAAUUCCAAGUAUUGUUUCACAUGCAAACUCGGUCGAAAUUCCAACAGUCAAUUCUAAUCUUCGGGCGGCAGUUAGUGCAUGUGCAAAAGCUUUCAAAGAAAAAUUUUUCCCUCCAGAUUCAGAGGCUUGUGAAACAAGGGUUACGGAUGAUCUACUCCGCUUAAAGAAUCUUUGCAUGAAGUUGAACGUGGGGAUUGAUGAGCAGAAGACUAAAUCGAAAGGAAAAUCAAAAGUUUCUGGCCCCCAACCUACUGAUUUUUCUGCUAGUAAAGAGGACCACUUGGUUGAGGUGAUAACUGAGAUGCUGCUGGAGCUCAGUGGAGGGGAUGGGGUUUCUACUUUUGAGUUUAUUGGUAGUGGAGCUGUUGCCUCCUUGCUUAACUACUUUACUUGUGGUUAUUUCUCCAAGGAGAGAAUUUCUGAAGUUAAUCUGCCAAAGGUUCGACAACAAGCAAUCAAAAGAUAUAGAUCUUUUGUUGCUGUUGCCCUUCCUUCAAGUAUUGACGAGGGGAAUAUAGUUCCCAUGAGCAUUUUGGUUCAAAAACUUCAAGAUGCUUUAUCCUCGUUGGAGUUCUUUCCUGUCGUGCUGAGCCAUGCUUCACGAUCAUCUGGAGGAAAUGCCCGCCUUUCUUCUGGUCUAAGUGCUCUGUGUCAGUCAUUCAAGCUGCGCCUUUGCCGAGCACAGGGAGAAAAAUCUCUCCGCGAUUACUCUUCAAAUGUUGUACUGAUUGAUCCAUUAGAAAGUUUGGCUGCAGUUGAAGAAUUCCUGUGGCCCAUGGUUCAACAAAGUGAGCUGGGUCAAAAGCCUUCAGUGUCUGCCUGGAACUCUGUGUGUAGGACUACUCCUGCAGGGACUGGUGUUUCUUCGCCGUCUGGUUCAACUCCUGCUUCUGCUACUCGACGCCAUUCAACUCGUUCAAGAUCUUCUAUUAGUAUAGGUGAUACAACUAAAAAAGAUUCAUCACUUGAAAAAUAUUCAAGCUCGGUAAAAGCCAAAGGAAAAGCAGUACUGAAACCUAACCAAGAAGAGGGAAGGGGACCCCAGACCCGGAAUGCUGCCCGCCGAAGAGCAGCCUUGGACAAAGAUAAUGAAAUGAAGCUGGUGGAAGGGCACACCAGUUCUGAGGACGAUGAAUUGGAUAUUUCUCCUCUAGAAAUUGACGAUGCUUUGGUGAUUGAUGAUGAUAUAUCAGAUGAUGAUGAUGAUGGUAACGACGACGACGACGACCAUGAUGAUGUACUGGGAGGUGAUACUAUCCUCGUUUACUGGCCGGACAAAGUGCACGAUGUUAAAUUGGGCGACACUGUAGAAGAUGGUUCUUUCCUUUCCCCUAGUGAUGUGCAGAACAAUCCUACAUGUAGUUCUGGCAGCAGAGGUUCUGCUGAGUUUUGGAGUGGUAUUUCAUUUAGUUCAAGGGGAGCAAUGUCCUUUGCAGCUGUUAAUAGAGGUGGAAGUUGGGGCAGAGAUUGGCAAGGACGCCCGUUAUUUGGCUCUAAUGAUUCACCAAAACUAAUAUUUACUGCAGGGGGGAGGCAGCUUAAUAGACACUUGACUAUUUAUCAAGCAGUUCAACAGCAGCUUGUUUUAGAUGAGGAUGAUGAUGAUAAGUUUGCUGGCAGUGAUCUUGUAUCUAGUGAUGGAAGCAGGCUUUCGACUGACAUUUACACUAUAAUGUAUCAAAGAGCAGAUGGUCAAGCUGAGAGGUCUUCACUUGGGACUGGAAGCUCAACAACUCCAUCUAAGUCUGGGAAAGCUAAUUCUUCAAGUAGCUCCGUCUCUGAUUCCUCGGCACGUCAUGUAUCACUGUUUGAUAGUAUUUUGCAAGGGGAGCUUCCUUGUGAUUUGGAAAGAAGUAAUCCCACGUAUAAUAUUUUAGCAUUGUUGCGUGUAUUAGAGGGAUUGAAUCAGCUUGCGCCACGUUUGAGAGUCCAGCAAGUGAUUGACAGCUUUGCUGAGGGUAAACUUUCAAGUCUAGAUGUACUCAAUACCACUGGAGUCAAUGUUCCUUCUGAGGAUUUUAUCAAUGGCAAGCUGACUCCAAAACUGGCUCGGCAGAUUCAGGAUGCUCUUGCACUUUGCAGUGGGUCUCUUCCAUCAUGGUGCUACCAGCUGACUAAAGCUUGCCCAUUUUUGUUUCCUUUUGAAACCCGGCGCCAAUAUUUCUAUUCAACUGCUCUUGGUUUGUCCCUUGCAUUGUAUCGGCUCCAUCAGCAGCAAGGUGCUGAUGGUCAAGGAUCCACGAGCCAAAUAGAGGGGAGGUUAGAGGGGAGGUUUGGGAUAUUACAACGCCAGAAAGUUCGUGUAUCCAGGAAUCGGAUAUUAGACUCUGCUGCAGAAGUUAUGGAGAUGUAUUCUAGUCAAAAGGCUGUUCUUGAAGUUGAAUAUUUUGGUGAGGUUGGCACAGGAUUGGGGCCGACUCUGGAGUUUUACACUCUUCUAAGUCACGAGCUUCAAAAAGUUGGAUUAGGAAUGUGGAGGUCAGGUUUAUCAUUUGAUAAACCAUCCAUGGAAAUUGAUGUAGAUGGACAGUUGGGUGUAAAACCUCAAGAAUUGGCUGGGAUCUCUGCAUCUGGGGGUGAUAAAGAUAUUAUUCAUGUGCCUCUUGGAUUGUUUCCUCGUCCUUGGCCACCCAAUGUUGAUACUUCUGAUGGUAGUCAAUUUUCUAAAGUGAGAGAGUAUUAUCGAUUACUUGGGCGAGUUAUAGCUAAGGCGCUCCAAGAUGGGAGGCUUCUGGAUCUGCCUCUGUCAGUUGCAUUUUAUAAGCUUCUCCUUGGUCAAGAGCUGGAUUUACAUGAUAUCAGUUCUUUCGAUGUGGAACUGGGAACUACGUUGCAAGAAUUGCAAGCCCUUGUAUGCCGAAAACAAUAUUUGGAAUCCACUGGAAGCUAUAAUCCAGAAGAGUUGCGUUUUCGUGGAGCUUCAAUUGGGGAUCUUUGUUUAGAUUUCUCCCUUCCAGGAUACCCUGAAUAUAUUCUGAAACCAGGCAAUGAAAAUGUGGAUAUAAGUAGUUUGGGGGAUUAUGUUUCUCUUGUGGUUGAUGCUACUGUAGGCACUGGGAUAAUGCGGCAGUUGGAAGCAUUUAGAUCUGGAUUUAAUCAGGUGUUUGACAUCACUACUCUGCAAAUAUUUUCUCCAUAUGAGUUGGACCAUCUCCUCUGUGGCCGCAGAGAGUUGUGGAAGGCUGAGUCGCUUGCGGAUCACAUUAAAUUUGAUCAUGGAUACACGUCCAAAAGUCCUGCUAUUGUCCAUCUUCUCGAAAUUAUGGGCGAAUUCACCCUCGAGCAGCAAAGGGCAUUCUGUCAGUUUGUCACUGGUGCUCCGUGGCUUCCAGCAGGUGGUCUAGCUGUGCUGAAACCCAAGUUGACAAUUGUGAGAAAGCAUUCUUCAAGCAUGAACAGCAAUGGCUCUGGUCCAUCAGAGUCUGCCGAUGAUGACUUACCUAGUGUGAUGACAUGUGCAAAUUACUUGAAGCUUCCACCAUAUUCCUCCAAGGAAGUUAUGCACAAGAAACUACUUUAUGCCAUCAGUGAAGGGCAAGGAUCCUUUGAUUUGUCAUAAAGCAUCCCUUAACCAUCCGGAUCCAGAGAAGAUUAACUAGGAUUCAAACAAAUGAAGGUUGAAAGUUGCAAUUUGAUGCUUAAUAAGGGGAUCCUUACUGCACUUUCUGAACUGCUGACAUAUUAGAGGCUGACGGAGUUUGUCGCAUGCAAACAGUGGCAAGGAGGUGAUGUUUUAGUUGUCUGCUUUGAAGCGGAACUUGUAAAUAAAUACUAGGAAGACAUUUUUCCGCCCCUUCCCCCGUUUCCCUCAUCAUUGGAUAAAUCACCUGUAUGGGCAAAUUCGUUUGUUUGUUAUAGUGACAUUUUUUGUUAUAUGUUAAUAGUGAAGCAUCCAUUUGAAUAA